GGUGAUGAAGUACUAUGAACCACACGAAGGUGAAAUUAUCACUGUACGUUUUUCUCCAAAUCGUAAGGACAUGUUCAUGUCUUGCGGCACCGAUGGUGAAAUACGAAUUUAUUUAACCAAGCAGGAAUCUCCGGCUAGAGUUAUUUUUGUGGAAGAGUUAUAUCACGUAUCGUGGGUGCCAUUUCAUGAGCAUCUUAUAACGGGAUGCGGCAAGAAAGGAUUAUUAGAAAUAUUUCAUUUAAUUUCCGGUCAACCGAUACCCAACGUAUCUACUGAUAAGGUAUUGCCCACUUCGUUAUUGCAAAUUGAAGUGAAUAAGCAACGUUGUACAAUUGUUGCAGUAGGCAAUAAUCGAGGAGAGUUGCAGUUAUGGUCUGUUCCUUGGGGACAUUUUUCUUCAGUUAAUUCGGUGGAAUAAACGACUUCUCAAAAUUCAGGCAAUGUUUAUGUUCAAAGUGUAAUUGACUUUUUGGGAGGGGGUUGCUAUUUUAGUAAACAAU